UACCUCUCCAACUUCGCCCAUUUACCAUUCAUUCCUCCCUUGCUACGCACGGGUGCGAAGAGUCUGUGCGUGCAGAUCGAGGCCGUGGGCAGAGUGAGGGAAGUGGCUCCAUUCCUCCGUCUGUCCAACUCUCUUCCUCUCUCUACUGCUUCUUCCUUUUCUCGCGCAUUGCUGCACGACGACUGCUGCUAUUGCCUCCCUCCUACGCUGCAGUAGAAGCGUGUGCCUUGCUAGACGGUUAACUUCAUUCUGAACGAGUCCAUCAUCGUCUUUGCCCACUUCCGACGCGUCCAAGGCGUGUCAAUCGUCGGCAAUCAUGGCGACUCACGCUCCUUUACCAAGAGUGCCAUUUGCUCCCCUCGACAACUCGCGUCUGCAACAUCUUGCCAGCGCGAAAAACCGCCAGAAUGGUCAUUUGGCGAAGUCAAACCUCGACAUCAAAGCAAACGCCGCACCUCCUUCCAAAACCGCCUCAGUCUUCUCUCCCCCCAAACGCUCCUUCGACUCUUCCACCUUCGACGACUUUGACGGCGAGAACGUCGACCCUGCCUCGCUUUGCUCGCCGUCCAAGAAAAGCAAGAACGACGUGCUGCAGAAGCCCUUCAACCCUUUCACCUUCUCUCCCUCGAAGCUGUCAUCCAUGCCUCCUCCAUCCACCAUCCCCUCUCGCCUUACCGCAACGCCGGUCAGAGCCAACAUGUCUUCUCCUCGGGCCCCAUUGACAGCUCCUGCUGGUCGCUCUCCAAAACGCAAACUCUCCACGCCGUUGAACAACAAGACCCGUCGCAUCUCGGCUCCCUUUGGCCGCAUCGACCCUCCGUUCUCAAUCUCCUCGCGCACUAGCAAUGACGCCAGUCUUCCCUUCAGCCUCGACGCUGCUCUCAAUGGCACCUUCUCCAAAUCCUCCCCUGCCGUUGCCGCUCCCAAACACGCCCGGACUCGCAGCGGCGCCACGAUCCAGGAAAGCAUGCCGCGCAACUGGUUCUUCGACAUCUACGAAGACACGCCCGAGGAGGAAGCCGGCAAUUUGAUGGAGCACAGCACGCUCACCCUCGACUUGAGCUCGGAUGAGGAGAGUGGAUUGAAGGCGAAGGAUGACCGAGGCAAGGAGAACACGCCGCCGGAGGGCUACGAUGCUCCCACUGCCUCUCGCGCGACUGUCACUACUGCUGCUGCUCCUCUUACCGGCCCGACGCGUGUGAAGAAGGUCGACAUCAUCCGCAAGAAGGUCGUUGUGGAUGAUAUGGACGACGGUCAACGCUCGCCGCUCUCCGACCUGGAGACCGAGGACUUCAUCCCCGAGGGCCUCGACAAAGACUCUCACGUGGUCGUCGACGCGACGCCCGAGAAGCAGUCAACCACCGCCACCACACUCGACAUGAGCAAUCUAUUCGCCGCGCCACUGCCCUUCGCUGCUGGCUCGGGCAAGAAGGCACGCGCAACGUCAACGCCUUCUAAGAGGGGCCUGUUCGACCUGCCCGUCGUCAGCGCUGAUGGAGACGUCAAGGGCGAUAUCAUUGUGUGGGAGGAUAGCCCGGCGUCUGUACGGUCGAUGUUGCCAUUCCCUGCUAGCGAGCCCCUCGGGACAUCGACGAAGGGCGAGGUGGCAGAUGAGAACACUCGACCUUGAAGUCUGUGAGGAUGUAGUGAUGCUGGAUACCUGGUGUUGUCUACUGCUGCCUGGACUGGUUGUUUGUGCUCGGGUUGGGUGUUUUUUCAUCUGGAGUUCAAGGAUGGAGAAGGGGCGGGACUGCGCUGCGUACUUCUUUACCUUUCCUUACUACCAUAGUCGCGGUCGUUUGCCCGACCAAACUCAUCCAACGUUACUGUUUGUGAUGCCUUUCUCUUUCACCCGUUAGCAACCAUCCGCACGCCAGGUCAAAGACACCAAGGUGAAAAGCAACUAAAACAAAACGAGGCUCUCCCAAUCCCACCAAUCACUGCUAUUUGUCACCCUCGCCACUAGCGAUCUCUGCUCAUGGUUGGUCUGGAUCACCGGAUCCGCGCCUCACCAAUGCGGGGCUCAAUGGAA